GAGGGGGCUGGGGAAGCCUGCAGUGUCACCGUGGAAAGGAACUGAAGGAUUCUCCUGCUCAAGGCACCUCCAACUUUUCUUCAGUACUGAAGUCCAACCUGGCAAAUAUUCUUCGUGGGACCCACAGAAGAGAGCGACACGGAGAAGUCAUUUGAUAGGUGGGCGAGUUUGCUGCAUACAGCUGUGCUUUAGCAGGUAAACUGGGGUCUAAGGUGCGCACUGGGCCGCCUAUGAUACCAACCACACGGAUGGAAAGAACUUUGAUGUUCAACCCUCAUAGAGUUUUACAACGGAGGCUGAGAGUAGAGACAGAUUGGCAGUUUAUAUUAUAAUUCAACAGCGAUCAGAGUUGAAGAUCAGACACACCAACAGCAGUCUGCCCAUUAGUGCAUCAAAGUAGGGACAAACAGCAGGCAGCCAGCAGGUAGUUUUAGGAAAAGGUCAGGCAUCCUCAUGAAGAUGUCCAGAGAGGAACAGAGCUUGUCGGAUGUCGAGCUCAGUCCAGGUGUGUCGGACGACAGCCGUUCCCGAUCACCUGGUAAUUCCUCUGGUGCCGGUGGAGAUGAGUCACCCCUCCACAGGCAGCAGCUUCUGGCAGUUUUGGAUGACGGUGCAAGGGGCCAUCCCCCUGGUAAAUCUGAUGAUGAAGAUGAGCGCUUCCCAGUGGGGAUCCGCAAGGCGGUCAGCCAGGUGCUCAACUGCUACGACUGGACACUCGUCCCCAUGCCAGUGCGCGUAAACAAUGGGAGCAAGAGCAAACCACACGUCAAGAGACCGAUGAAUGCGUUCAUGGUUUGGGCGCAGGCAGCGCGGAGGAAACUGGCAGACCAACACCCACACUUGCAUAACGCAGAGCUCAGCAAGACCCUGGGGAAGCUUUGGAGGCUUCUUAAUGAGAGCGAUAAGCGACCCUUCAUCGAAGAGGCAGAGAGGUUGAGAAAGCAGCACAAGAAGGACUACCCAGACUACAAAUACCAGCCCCGGCGCCGCAAGAACGGAAAGACUGGUUCCGGGUCAGGAAGUGACGGAGACAGCAAUUUGGAGGGUGAGAUCAGGCAUAGACAAUCCAUCUACAAGGGCCUCCAUCUGGAUGUGGUCCACACUGGGGGAGCUGGGUCCGCUCAGGCAGAUGGGCAUCACCAUCAUGCUGCAGGUCACAGCCAUAGUCCUCCUACACCACCAACCACACCCAAGACAGAACUUCAGUCUGGGAAGGCAGGGGAUGGAAAGAGGGAGGCUUUGAGCAACGGGGUCUCCCGUGGCCAAAUGGGAGCAGAGGGUUGUUCAGGUGCCGCAGGGUCUGCAAAGCCUCACAUCGACUUUGGCAGUAUGGACAUCGGUGAGAUAAGCAACGACGUGAUGGCCACCAUGGAGCCUUUUGAUGUCAAUGAGUUUGACCAGUACCUUCCCCCCAAUGGCCAUCCAGGGAUCGGGCAGAGUGCUGGUUCAGGAGCAGCGACGCCCAUAACUACAGCGUCUCAAUAUAGCUACGGCAUCUCCUCAGCUCUGGCAGUGGCCAGUGGACACUCCGCGGCCUGGCUCUGCAAGCAGCAGCCGCAACAACAUCAUGGCUCCGCUCUGAAUUCAGACCCGUCCAAGGCCCAGAUCAAGAGUGAGGCCGGAGGUGCUGGUGCUCACUUUUCUGAGGGGGCUACAGCUGCUUCCCAUGUCACCUACACCCCUCUAAGCCUCCCUCACUAUAGCGCUGCCUUCCCCUCCCUGGCAGCCAGGGCUCAGUUUGCAGAGUAUGCCGACCAGCAGGCCUCAGGGUCCUACUACGCUCACUCUAGCCAAGCAACUGGCUUAUACUCUGCCUUUUCGUACAUGGGGCCCACCCAGAGACCCCUGUACACGACAAUCACUGACCCAUCCAGUGUACCACAGUCCCACAGCCCCACACACUGGGAGCAGCCUGUCUACACUACACUGUCGCGGCCAUGACAGAUAACGAGACCAGAGGGCGCUGGUGCCGGUCCAGCCCCCACGUCCGACCCAAGAAGCAGCAGUGGUUUUGGCGAAAGCGGUCUGGGCUGGGGGGAGUGGGCUGGCACCGAGGGAGUCGGCUGGGGAGGCAGGAGGGAAGAAACCCUGGACUGUUCUCACCCAGAUCCGGAAAUGCUGUCACAAGUGAAGGCUGAGUUUGGAGCGUGGUGCUUCUAAAAGCAUUUGUCGAUUCAUUGGUGCAUGCAAUCUUGUAGAGAAAAGUGAUUGCAGUGGCAUUACACUUCAGUUCCAGAUUAGAUUUGCAGCAACAAAAUGUCUAGCGCUCCAAACAAAAUUAUCUUGUCCCUGUCAGCAUGAUGACUCCCGGCGUGGAUGUGAGGAAGUCGAACCAGUUUUUCCUGAUUCACACAAUAAUUAAUUCUAAAUUAAAAGAGAACGAGUAGGUGUUGAACCUUGAUCAGUCAUUCAGUGUUUCAAUGUUUUAUUUUAUGCGACCCAUUCUCAUGUCAGGUACGCAUACCUGGCAUGAUAUAACAUGAUUUGUUCAUGUUUCUUUGCAUAUCUAUUUGUAUUGUAUGUAUGUAUGUAUUAUCAUUUUGAACUGAGAAGUAAAACAACUCAUUUUUGUAUAGUACAACUCAUACACUUGUGAUAUAUUUGUAAAAUCACCAAAAUUCUGAUACCAAAACUAUUAUUGUGUAACAAAGAAACUGCAAUUAUAACAGUUUCUCCCAAUGUGACAUUCCAAGCUACCUUACAUAAUUACUAUGUAGAAUAGGUUGUUGCAAAUGAUGAUGUCAAAAUGCUUCUUAUUAAUAUGAUUUUAGUUCACCAGUAGGUGGAUGGGAGGGAGUGUAAAGUGCUUUGAGCGCCUUGAAAGGUGGAAAAGCGCUAUAUAACACCAUUUACCAUUUACUUGAUGGAUUCAUGAAGAGCCAUAAGGGCAAAGAACACCCCCGAUUUAUAUAUUUACUAAACACUUCAUCAACCACAUUAGUCGUUAUCUUCCUUAUUUUGUGUAUUGAUGUCCUUACUGUUGUCAUAGAAAAUCCAUUCCAACGUCACAAGAUUGUGCACAUCCAGAGAACCUUUUGCAAAAAUGUACUUUUCACAGAGCCUUACAUCUAUCAAUCACUGUGCCUUAUUUUUCACUGUUGCUUUUUACACUUUACAUAAAAAACACUUUUUAUUCUGUAUUAAGUCGCAUUUUAGUUCUUAUUAUGCUGCAGCGUAUGUAUUCUUAUUUUUUGCCAACACCUCCCAAAUAUACCUUAAGCUUCACUGUUCAACAUUUAAAAAGCUAGAAAACCUGCCGAAAGACUGUUCGACAUAUACUGUGUAUCACAAUAUAUCAUUUUAAAAAGAUUUUCUCUCUCCUGUUGCAUGCAGCCUUAUUCUUUUCAUCCUCAAAAUUCUGUGUACAUCAAUAUUAUUUUUUUUCAAACAUACUGUAUGUAACUUUACUGUUUAUGGAAAUGCUGUAUUUUUUCCAGUACCUUUUACUGUCAUUUUUUAAUUGAAGGAGAUAUAUUCCAGUUGUGUGUGAUGAUUGCAUGCAUAGCAACAUACUAUUCAAACCAUAUCAGGCACAAAAGCUUCAAAGUAAGGAUGAUUAU